GAAGAGAGAAGAGAAAGAGGAGAUUAAAAAAAAAGAGAAAGGGGAAAGAAAAAGGAGAAAGAAAACCCAAUCAUAUAGACAACAGCUGAUCAAGAAUUCCAAUAGGAAGCUGUUAUUUCAUAUAAAAAGACCCCUUCAAGGAAAGUGAGCCCUACGAGGCAAAUCAGGCAGCCCUGAUGCUCAGCAGGUAGGUAAUUAACUUUUCUCUGUCGCCAGGAUUCAUUAGGCAGCAGCUCCCUGUGAAGAGAUGCUCACUGGCCUGUGGGUCUUCACACAGGCUUUAAUCCCCACCUCCCUCUCCUCAGUUCCGUUCUGGUGGAAAGCUGCUCAGUGCAGGCAUGCACUCUCUUGGUCUCUGCUAUCUACGCUGGAGUGGAAUGAUUGUGGGCCUCAUCACACUUCUCCCUCUUUGAACAGGGCAAGGUGGCCAGAACUUGGGUACCAGGACUUUUAGAAGUAAGUUCUAGUUCUAAAGCAUAGGCAGCACUUUCUCAAAGUUGGCAGAAGAAUGAAGCUGGUAGGGGUGGGGGGAAGCAGAGGGCAAGGCAAAGGAGAGAACUGGAUUUUGGUUCAGAAAUUGGUAUUGGGAUGGCUACAACAGCACUGUGACUGACUGUACCUUCUCUGAUUUGUCUUGCUUUGAAUAAUGCAUCACAGCAGGGGAAAAUUGCUGGAUUCUAGUAUAGAUUAAGUAAAAUCUACUUAGGCUUCUCCAAUCCCAAAGACUUGCAAGUCUCCCUGCUCCAAGCCAAGAACAUCUGCUCCGUUGCUUUCUCUCCUUGGAUUGUCACAGCCCCAGGUGCUGUCUGGGGCCUGUGGGCAAAGGCUCCCUGACCAAUUUGUUCUCCAGUCACCCACUGGCGAUGUCACAGCAAGAACUAACAGAGUCCUCCUGGCUGCCUGAGAAUAGUCUCUCCUUGAGAGAAGAGGACGCAAAAGUUUCAUGUGGUUGCUAAAAACAGGAACCCAGGCUUCUGCAAACACAUCAAGCCUUCCUUAUUUCUAGCAGAGGAAGUAUGUGGCCUGUUUGGCAACUGCCGUUCUACAUGAUAGCAUGAGCUUCAUAACACUCGGCAGGGCCCCUUCAUCACGACAGUCAUUCAGCUGUUGCAGCGGCAGCUGAUGGAGAUUGAAUGACAACUCUGGCUGGCUGGCUGGUUAGUUACUUCUUGGAGUUAAUGCAAAGAGAGGAAGCAUGCUCACCAUUUAAAGUUUUGAAGUUGCUUCUUCUAAACCAAGAGUGAACAAUCGAGCAGAAGAGAUGGGCAACAGCAUGAAGACAUCUACUGCACCACCAGAAAGACCUUUGCCUGGCCCAACGGGAUUAGACAAUGACUUCCUUGCUGUUUUGUGUGAUUAUCCAUCUCCUGACAUCAGUCCCCCUAUAUUCCGUCGAGGAGAAAAACUACGAGUAAUUUCAGAUGAAGGAGGCUGGUGGAGAGCAAUUUCCUUAAGUACUGGUCGAGAAAGUUAUAUUCCCGGAAUGUGUGUGGCAAAAGUUUACCAUGGUUGGCUCUUUGAAGGAUUAGGAAGAGACAAAGCUGAAGAACUAUUACUACUGCCUGAUACAAAGAUGGGUUCCUUCAUGAUCAGAGAAAGUGAAACUAAGAAAGGUUUUUAUUCACUAUCAGUGAGACACAGACAAGUGAAACAUUAUCGCAUCUUCCGCCUACCCAACAACUGGUAUUAUAUUUCUCCAAGAUUAACCUUCCAGUGCCUGGAGGACCUCGUGAAUCACUAUUCUGAGGUGGCUGACGGACUCUGCUGUGUGCUCACAACACCCUGCUUAACUCAAUGCACAACCGGCAAUGUGGAGAGACCUUCAGGAUCACCUGUUGUGAUGCGCCAGAAAAAUUUCAAUUGGAAAAAUGUUGCAAGAGUGCAGUCUGGUCCUGAAGAAGCAAACCACUUGGAGAUGGAUGAGUCACUCUUUAGCUAUGGUCUCCGGGAAAGCAUCGCCUCUUACCUCUCCCUGGCAGGAGAAGAUGGCUCCUCCUUUACCAGUGAACGGAAAAAGAAAAGCCAUUCUCUGAUUUAUACUGGGAACAAACGCAAGAGUGCUCUGUUUUCUGCUCCUCAAUAUUUUGAAGAUUAGACUUUAAUCCCAAUGGGAACACAGAACUGAAUUUUCACUUCAAAUCACCCAUGUAGCUAUUGGCCCGCUGGUGGGCUCACAGCAACCAGAAGCAGAGAAAGAAUGGACAUAAAGAUGACUAAACUCUGAAUCUGCACCCCAUUCUCCACCAGUCCCCUAAUCUUCCCCAUAUCAACAAAAGAAGUAUCUCUCCUGGUGGCUAGAUAGUACUGUAGAUAUUACUGUUUGUUAAAUUAUAACUUAGUCAUACACUGGAUCACAAAAAGUGAGUGAGUGAUUGAGUAAGUGAGUGAGUA